UCAUAAUUGAUCAGAAAUAUCAUACAAAGUUGUUCCAGAGGAACAAAUUAUUGUAAUUAUAUAGUUACAUAUUAACUAUCAAGCUUUUCCUAAUUUAAAAAAAGAGUCAAAAACGGAUCACGUGAUUCGAUUUAUGAUAAAAUUUUCGAUGAGUUGUGAAAAAAAUCGAAAGUCAAUCGAUAUUGUAAAAUUUAACUACUUUCUGAUUCUUGGGAGCUGACCUCUUCAAACUAUAUACAAAUCCAUAGAUUACAAUGUCUACCACUACUGACGCUUCAGUUGAAGUUGAAAUCACUAAAGUCUUCGACACCAUCUUGGUGUUAGAUUUCGGUUCACAAUAUUCUCAUUUAAUCACUCGUCGUUUAAGAGAAUUCAAUGUUUAUGCUGAAAUGUUACCAUGUACUCAAAAAAUUUCCGAAUUAUCUUGGAAACCAAAGGGUAUCAUUUUAUCUGGUGGUCCAUACUCAGUUUAUGCUGAAGAUGCUCCUCAUGUUGAUCAUGAUAUUUUCAAAUUGAAUGUUCCAAUCUUAGGUAUCUGUUAUGGUAUGCAAGAAUUAGCUUGGAUCAAUGGUAAAGGUGUUGCUAGAGGUGACAAAAGAGAAUAUGGUCCAGCUACUUUAAAUGUUGAAGACGCUACUUGUGACUUAUUUAAAGGUGUUGACCAUUCUCAAGUUUGGAUGUCCCAUGGUGAUAAAUUACAUGCUUUACCAACUGGUUUCAAAGUUGUUGCUACCUCAGGUAACUCACCUUUUGCUGGUAUUGCCCAUGAAGAAGAUAAAAUCUAUGGUAUUCAAUUCCAUCCUGAAGUUACUCAUACUGCUCAAGGUAAAAUCUUAUUAAAGAAUUUCGCUGUUGAUAUUUGUAAAGCUAAUACCAAUUGGAGUAUGGAAAACUUUGUUGAUACUGAAAUUGCUAGAAUUAGAAAAUUAGUUGGUCCAACUGCUGAGGUUAUUGGUGCUGUUUCUGGUGGUGUUGAUUCAACCGUUGGAGCUAAAAUUAUGAAAGAAGCUAUUGGUGAACGUUUCCACGCUAUUUACGUUGAUAAUGGUGUUAUGAGAUUAAAUGAAACUGAAACCGUCUAUAAAACUUUAACUGAAGGUCUUGGUAUUAACUUAACUGUUGUUGAUGCUUCAGAAUUAUUCUUAGGAAGAUUAAAGGGUAUCACUGAUCCAGAAAAGAAAAGAAAAAUCAUUGGUAACACUUUUAUUCAUGUCUUUGAAGAUGAAGCUGCUAAAAUUAAACCAGCUUCUGGUCAAGAAAUUGAAUUUUUAUUACAAGGUACUUUAUAUCCUGAUGUCAUUGAAUCAAUUUCUUUCAAAGGUCCAUCUCAAACUAUUAAAACUCAUCACAAUGUUGGUGGUUUAUUAGAAGAUAUGAAAUUAAAAUUAAUUGAACCAUUAAGAGAAUUAUUCAAAGAUGAAGUUCGUCAUUUAGGUGAACUUUUAGGUGUACCUCACGAUUUAGUUUGGAGACAUCCAUUCCCAGGUCCAGGUUUAGCUAUUAGAGUUUUAGGUGAAGUUACCAAAGAACAAGUUAAAAUUGCUCGUGAAGCUGAUUUCAUUUUUAUUGAAGAAAUUAAGAAAGCUGGUUUAUAUAAAGAAAUCUCUCAAGCUUUUGCUGCCUUAUUACCAGUUAAAUCUGUUGGUGUUAUGGGUGAUCAAAGAACUUAUGAACAAGUCAUUGCUUUAAGAGCUAUUACUACCGUUGAUUUCAUGACUGCUGAUUGGUAUGAGUUUGAAUCUUCCUUCUUGAGGAAUGUUGCUUCAAGAAUUGUCAACGAAGUGAGCGGUGUUGCCCGUGUUACUUACGAUAUUACUUCUAAACCACCAGCUACCGUUGAAUGGGAAUAGGUUAGCAAUAUACAUAGAUAGAUAUAGUCCUAAAUUUUUUUUAUUUUAAUACAUUACACACAUUAUACAUAUUCUAUUUCGUUAUAUCUGGUAUAGUUAUAUACUGUUGUCGUAUCACAUUUGCAACAACCGUAUCUUGAUCAUGUGAUAAACUGAGUAAAAAUUCAUCCGUUGUAUGAAUAUCACUUUGAAUCAAAGGUUUACCAUUUUCAUCAUACAGCCUGUACCAAUGUUUGAAUUCAAAUGAUCUCUGAUCCGAUAUAUCCAAUGAUUUGUAUAAUGCUUCUUUACUAGCCCAAGUACCUGCUAAGAAUAAUAAUAAUUGAUCUGAUUCAUG